UCAGGUCUACCUAACGUAUCUAAUGAAAAGAGGGAGCUACAGAUUUACGACUUGGCUUUCUGACACCUUGUGAUUCUCCCUUAAUAUUUUUGAUUUGAUUUGACGCCUCCUGCAUGACAUAUAGGCUUUCUUCAAUAUCAACAAGAGAGAGUUAAAGCCAGUAAGCAUUAAGGACUUCCCAUCUUCUCAAGGCGCUUUGAAUCCCGGCCAAUGCUUUGAAGAGAUACAGUCCUGCAAUUUGCAAACUAGGCUGUGUUCAUCUUCCGCGCCCUUCCCCACCCCCCCUCCUCAUUUUUUCGUUGUUUUUGGUUUUCUUUUGUCACACACUGACAGAAGUGAUUUGCGAUAUUGGCUGGGGGCAUAAGCAGGGAUGAGAGAAGCGUGUGUGGACUGUGCCCAGAAAUGUCUUUCGAUUCACGGAAAGGAGAAAACAUAUUCAAAUGUUCCUUCUUCCUUCUUCAAGGUCAUGAUUGGCGGCGAUUUUUCUAGAGUUUUGUAUCUGCCUCCUAAGUUUGGUCCUACAGCUUCGGCCUUGGUUGAUAAAGAAGCCAUUAUUGAGGAUUCAAGUGGACAUGAAUGGACGGUUCGAGUAUCAAUUGUUAACAAUUCUUAUGCUUUUCAGGAGGGAUGGAAGAGUUUUUCGUCGAAGCAUGGGCUUGAAAUUGGAAGCUUUUUGGUGUUCCAUUAUAUUGGAAGAUCGCACUUUGUUGUUAAGAUUUUUGAUAAAUCUGGGUGUGAAAAGAUUGAUUUUCCCUAUCAGAGAAAGCAGAAGAAGAGAAAAACUUGCCUGAUUGACCUUGACGGUAGUGAGGAAUUGUUGAAUAGACAAGGUUUAUCCUCGGAGUCAGGCACGGAAAAAAUGCAAAGCCAUGUCGAGGUUGUCGGAGUGAACAGUGCAGAAAUUAACGAAGGGAACACUUCAGGGAACAGUAAUAGUAAUGGGAGGAUCCGAUCUUUAUACGAGGUCAAUAACUAUGAAGACCCUUGUUACUUGACAGACCGAGACUUUGGAGACAAAGAAAGAGAGGAGAGGAGUCACGUGUUUGAUGCGUUGAGGUAUGAAAUAGUGAACAAUUCAGGUAUUCACACGACUGGCAAAUUUACAAGCAGCAAUGAGAUAGUUGAUGCAAGCAUCUAUACCAAAGAUCCUUUGCUUGAAGAGAUGUUGGGUAUUGGAGCAACUCAAGAUCCAUUUGAAGUUGAAUUAACUAGAAGUCAUUUUCUUGAAGAGCUAGACAAGAGUACACUCUCCCAUGAGAGACAUUAUUGUGGAAGAAAGAUUCCUGAGAAUCUUUUGAUUGCAUAUACCAUGAAACAUGAAGAAAUCAAAGAGAACAAUGCCAUUAAGCCCUACCGGGAAGACCAAAAGUGCCAAUUUGCUGAGAACUCAGGGACCGAUCAAUCGAUAUCGAAAGAAGAAUAUCCUUGGCACAUUGGCAAUUGUCAAAGCAGAGAAGACAUGAUGGUUGGGUUCCAUGUGGCCCUGGAUGCUCCUAUCUGCCAUGCGGAAAUGGGGAGAAUGGUUCAAAAAGACCUUCCGGACAUGACUCCAGAUGUGCGUAGUCACAAUGAUCAGCUCCAGUCAAUCAUUGGAGAUCAAGGCAGCAGUCUCAAUUCAGUGAAAGCUGAACCAUCUGUGGACUGAAGUAACUAUAGCUAUAUUGACUGUACAUUAAUUUUACUCUACAAACUGCAUAAAAGUUUUUUGCAGAAGCAUAACAAAACUGAAAUAUUACACACGCGUAUUCUAUGAAGAUAGCGAAGAAAUUUAAAUCUCUUUUGUGCAUAACAUAACCGAACCCUCUGAUUUAAUGGGAAAGUUUUGUUCUGCUAUUUUGUCAUUCACUCUUCUAUGAACCCGAAUGCUUGCAUCAUCUCACAGACAAACAGUGAUGACAAUGCAACUGGUGGUGCACCUUCAGGAUCCAGGGAGGGGACAAUGGCCAAUCCUUUACCUUAAAAAAUCUGGACAAGUUGAUGUAAAGCUUUCAGCAUGCAAGUAAUUUUCAACUAGGAGAUGUGAUCACUUUUGGGCAAAAGAAAGAGUUCUUGUGCAUAUUUGGUGUAGCUGUAGAUGGGGGUGUUUUCUUUUGGGGCAAAAUACCAUUUUGUUGCGCUGAAAUUGUGAAAAUAUUAUCAGUGUUGUAUAUAGCCUUUUGUUAGAUCUACACAUGGUAUCUCAAAAGCAGGACAAAACCUUUUUGAGAAAAUGAAUGCUUCUCUUCCCAUCAGCUUUGUGGAAUUAAUAUAUCAGUCCUGUUCCUGUUCGUUGGUUCUCUUAGCUUG